AUGAUUGCAACAAUGCCUGAGGCGUACGAUCUCAUUGUGGUCGGUUCAGGGUGGUUCGGCCUUGGGGCCGCUCGGGCAUACUUACAAUCUCAUCCUGAUCAGAAAAUUGCCGUACUUGAAUCGAACGAGUCGGUUGGCGGCACGUGGUCGGAGAAGCGGUUGUAUCCCGGCUUGAAAUCUAACAACAUGCUUGGCAGCUAUGAGUUCCCAGACUUUCCCAUGAAGGAGGAGGUUUACGGUGUGAAAGAGCUCGAUCACAUCCCCGGCACGGUUCUGAGUCGCUAUUUGACCGACUUCGCGAAACAUUAUGGCAUAUACGAGAAACUACAGUUCAAUUCAACUGUCGGUCUUGUCGAAUGUACAGAAUCUGGAUGGAUCCUAACAGUCAUGUCGCCAAGUGGAGAGCGAAGAAUUCCAACGGAGAAGCUCAUCCUCGCAACGGGCCUGACAUCGACACCUAACAUUCCAUCGUACAAGGGUGCCGAGAAGUUUGAAAAUCCCUUCUUCCAUGCGAAGUACUUUUGCCGGAGAGCAGAUGAGCUGAAGGAAGUAAAGAAUGCAGUUGUUGUGGGAGGCGCCAAAUCUGCAUAUGACGUUGCGUAUGCCAUGGUUGAGAGUGGUGCUACAGUUGACAUGAUCAUCAAGCCUGACAGCAACGGCCCUGUCUGGAUCGCACCCCGCAAGGUUACACCACUUCAGCACCGCAUAGACACUAUCCUUAACGUUCGAGCCCUAUCAUGGUUCAGUCCUUGUCCAUGGGGCCAGGAGGAUGGCUUUGGUGGUGUGCGCAAGUUCCUAGAGAAGACUUCCAUUGGACGAAUGCUCGUCAGAGGCUUUUGGAGCAUGCUGGGAAACGAUGUUCUCCAGCAUCACCAAUACGAUAAUCAUCCUGAACUCCAGAAGCUCAAACCAUGGCACUCUGUCUUCUGGAUUGGCAGCGGUUUGAGUAUCCUGAACUACAACACCAGUUUCUUUGACAUGAUCCGCGAUGGCAAGGUUCGCGUACACAUUGAGAACAUUGAUCACCUUGCUCCUGGGAAGGUUGUGCUUGAGAAUGGAGACGAGUUGGUGGCAGAUGCUAUGAUCUGUUCAACAGGCUGGAAGAAAGAGUCAACUAUAACGUUCAAGGGGCUGGACAAGACAGGCCUGGGCCUGCCCAUCAACGAGAAGGAACAGGCAAACCUUAGCCUAGAAUACGACACGAAAGUACUCAACGACUUCCCAAUUUUAGAAAAGCAGCCCAUCCUACGAUCCAAGGCUAAGAGACCCGCGGACCCUCUGCGGUAUUAUCGCUUCAUGGUACCGUCGGGCAUGCUUGCGAAGCGGAAUUUUGCCUUCGCGGGGAUGAUCUCCUCAGUCAGCACUGCCAUCUGCGCCAGUACGCAAGGUCUCUGGAUUACAGCGUACUUCGAUGAUAAGCUGGACCGCCAGGCCAAGACCCAGGACGAGAUCACCCGUGAGAUCAUGAUGCACACGCAAUGGGGCAAGUGGCGGUACCCCUGCGGCUACGGUGCAAGUCUCCCAGAUUUCGUUUUCGAGGGCAUUCCUUACGUGGACAUGCUAUUGAAGGAUAUGGGUAUUAGAAAUAAGCGGAAAGGCUCCUUCAUCAAGGAACUCAUCUCACCAUACGUGCCGAAAGAUUAUAACGGGGUGCUAGAUGAAUAUAAGAGGAAGAUUGGUAUCGUGACCCAGUGA